GAAGAUCGAGAAGGGUGUGACGGCACCACACCUGUAGGUGUUCAGAUGGAGCAGCAGACUACUCAUCCUGCUAACAGAAGAGCCAAAGAGGAAGGUAAUGCAGUGCCUCUUUGUCAAGCCAAACCCUCCCCCAGCUUUAUUAAUCUUCAAGCAAGUUCCCCACCAGCCACUCUCCUGAACAUCCAGACAACAAAGCUGCGUUCACGAGUUAACCAGAAGUCCAAGGAAUGCCUAGGACUCCUAGAAUGUAUGUAUGCCAAUCUCCAGCUUCAGACCCAGCUUGCCCAACAGCAGAUGGCUAUUUUGGAAAAUUUACAAGCAUCCAUGACACAGCUGGCUACUGGUGGGGGGGAAAGCAAGAACUCUUCUCUCCCAGCCUUAGCUCACAAUCUCCUGUUAAAUCACCUGCCCCAGUUCAGUAAAUGAAUUGUGGAACAAA